AAAUUGACUGUUUUGUUUUAGUCAAGAGGCUUGUUUUGGUUGUGACCUCAUUUUGAAUCUUUUAAUAUGCAAAUUUCCAACCCAUAAUCAAUACGUUUAUUAGUGUUGUUGUGAUGCUAUCUAUGACCGUGUUGAUGAUUAUGCAGUCAGUCACAUCUGUAAUGUUUAUUAGAGAAAACGCCUUCCUGCAACGAUUGUUUACACUUCCGGGUCUUGCGUAACCAGGAAUGUCUACACGAGACUUGAUGGUAAAUGAUCAGAAUGACGAAAGAUUGAUGGUACCAGCACAGAUUUGGCAUAUUAAUUAUUUUCCGUUGUAAAAGCUUUACAUGUUUUGUUUUUUUUAAGUAAUUUGUGUACGUUUCGUGUGUUGAUGUGUUCCCACAAGCCCCGCCCAUUGGCAGAAGGGUUAUGUUUAUGAUAUGUGAAAAACACUUGAACGAAACCAGCCGUGAGGAUGCAGUAUGUCAAAUGAAAAACAUUGUGUCAAAGCGUUAUUAAAUUCAUAUGUAAAAACAAUUUUAAACCUGAGCAAUUUUGGGCAUACAUUUGACUAAAGAAUCAAUCAAUUUAAACAAUAAAAAUAGGACAUUAUAAAUAAUAAUUUGUGCUUGAAGCUUUCCUGCAAAUCCAGUAGCUGUUUACAGCACAAUCUUUCUAUUGUGUGUUAUCUUAUCUAAACCCAGAUAAUCCGAACAGCACACACAGUCAGAUUAUAAUGUAAUGGUGUAAUAGCCUGUUUGCUGAAACAAGUGAACAUUUACAAUAAAGUAAUAUAAUGUUUAUAGAUGCAGUAUGACAGCUCCAUGUCUGUGGUAAACAUCAUAAACUCAUUUCAUGCAUUUUGUUCCUAUUUAACACACUAUUCUGUAAGGGUAUAGUUAGAUGUUGCGUUUGCAGUCUACAAAAUGGGUCAACUCAGUUGUAAUCUCCCAGACCACUUAAAAAGCGGUCAGGAAUCAUUGUAAAGGGCCUUGUGUAGUAUUUUAAUCCAACGAAAUCCCUGCUGGUCACAUUCCCUGGCAGCUAUAACAUUUCAUUCCUUUUGUUGACCCGAAAGCAUGUGACCGUAAUCUUAACUUUUCCACUUGUGUUUCAUGUAGUAUAAAGCACCUCUUUCUUGUUUGCUCAAGGAUGUAAUGUCUAGUGCAUGCCCAUUCAUAAAGAUGCUUAAACCCGGCUGAAUGUCUUCAUGUUAGUUCACUUAAGUUUUUUCCUGGACAUUCCGAGUGUCAGUUUGUUUUAUUUGAGUCAUCAAAUCACAGGAGGAAGUCUUUUUUUCCACUUGACUGUUUCUUCCGUGAGGAGAUAAGCACAGCUCGUUGAACAAGUCGCUACAUUUACUCUCUGUCGUUUUCCCUCGCUAGCUGUUCAAGUUUUUUUCUUUAUUUUUUAAGCUUUUUAGAAAAAUGUGUAAUGUAAUGCACGAGACGGCGUAUUGCUCUUUAAAGUUGCAUCCGAUGUGGCAGGAGCCUCUCGCGAUUCCCGGUGGAGACAGACAAUCGCCGAUUGACAUAAUGGUGCGCAAAAGCGUCUUUGACUCGCAGCUCAGGCCCCUGAAAACGCAAUACGACCCGAGGAGCUGCCAGCAGAUCUGGAACAACGGCUACUCCUUCCUUGUGGAGUAUGACGACACCAAUGACAAAUCCACUUUAAAGGGAGGACCAUUGGAGGACCAGUUCAGACUGUGUCAGUUUCAUUUCCACUGGGGGGAGAACAACGCCUGGGGCUCAGAGCACUCCAUAGAUCGACGCCUUUACCCUGCUGAGCUUCACAUUGUUCACUGGAAUUCUGACAAGUACAGUUUGUUUGAAGAGGCCGUUGUGGAAGAAAAUGGGCUGGCUGUUAUUGGAGUCUUCUUGAAGGUUGGAAAGAGGCAUGAGGGUUUGCAGAAACUGGUGGAUGCCUUGCCUGCCGUCAGACACAAGGACAGCGUGGUAGAGUUCAACAAGUUCGACCCCGCAUGUCUUCUCCCAAAGAACAUCGAUGACUAUUGGACCUAUGCAGGCUCUCUGACCACCCCUCCCCUCACGGAGGCCGUGACUUGGAUCAUAAUGAAACAGCAUAUUGAAGUCAGUCAUGAUCAGUUGGCAGUGUUUCGCAGCAUGCUCUUUACAUCUGCAGAGGAGCAGGUGCAGAGGAGUAUGGUCAACAACUUCCGCGUCCAGCAGGCUUUGAAAGGACGGAGCGUCCGUUCCUCUUUCACCCCCUUCCUACAGGACGCUCCUUCGAUGGAGUAACACAAAUUCACAACCUAACGUCUAAAAGAAGCACAAUCUCAGCAGUUACUUUUACCGCAUACUCUGUUCUCUAUCAAGGUCUUAAACUGGAAUUUCCAAUUUACCCAACAGGUUGAAAGGGAUUAGAAAGCUAUUGUGUUCUCAAAUGUGUGCAUUAUCUGAAGGGUGUUUGUUGCUGUAUUUGUACAAGUACUGAGAUUUUUGGUCUAUACAUUGGCAAGUUUUUUUUCCACUUUUGAGGAUAAAACGCCCCCUCUUGUGGAUAACUGACAGAUUACAACACAUGCAUUGUCUUGUUAAUUUUAAUUCAGUACUUUUAGUUUAAUUGCAAACUUGUUUACUGUCUGAGGGAAUUUCUUUUAAGCAUGAAACUGCACAAUGCGUUUUAAGAUGUUAUAAUCGUUUUAACGAAGUAUUUUCUCUAGAACUCGUCUACAUCUAUUUUCAAUAUCGUAGUAUGAUUUAGACUAGACAAAUAGUCUUUAUAAAAGGUGCACUGGUAAUAUGAGAUGUAGAGUGAAGUAGAUUUAUACGCACAAUUCUUUAAAUAAUUAGCAUUACUGUACUUUCAAUAUUAUCAGAGCAGUUUAUUAACAUUCAUAGUGCCUUUAACGUUAUACGAUGAUUUAUUCUCCAUUAAUUUCAUGUAAUCAACAAACCAAGCGCACAAUUUCUUUGGCCACAUUUGCCUCUGAGUGAAAUAUGUGCCUGCAGUAAAAUAUUUUUUAGUAUUUGUUGGUCUCAUCGAUUAAGCUCACGUUUAUUGUUGUUACGCUGUUUCUGGGACUUCAAGUGCAUUUGUAGCGGAGAUGAGGUUUGUAGAAUGUCUUGUAGAUUUAUUCUGGGUCACUUGGACAUGUUUCCACUGUAUUUCAUUAUACAAAUUUUAAAAGAGGGACCUUAUUUCUCCUCUAGAGGCACAUGUAAGACCACUCAAUAGAGAAUUGAAUCUUUGUGCAUUCGUGGCAUUCCAUUUCUAAAAAAUCCAGUAAAUGCAAUAAGGCAAAAAAUAUUAAAAUAUGGUACUGAGACAUAUGUGACCCUGGAUCAAAAAAACAUUCUUAAGUAGCACGGGAACCUUUUUAUUAAAAGCCAAAAAUAUAUUGUAAAGUGUUUCUACACAUAUCGAUUUUUUUAAUACAAAAAAUCAUUAGGAUAAGGUAAGGCUCAUGUUACAUGAAGAUAUUUUGUAAAUUUCCUACCGUAAAUAUGUAAAAACUUUUUUUUUGUGAUUGGAAGGCCUGCUACAGUGCCUCUGAUAAACAACUUCAAAGGCAAUUUUCUCAAUAUUUAGAUUUUUUGGCACCCUCAGAUAUUGUCUUAUUGUCAAUAGAAAGUUUUUUAUUUCAAUUUUCGAAUGAUGUAAAAAUCUACUUUUGAAAAAUUGAUCCAACAUCGUCCAGGGUCACAUAUGUUUUUAUAAGUUGUGAGAAUUCCAUUGAUGAGAGAUGGAGUUUUCAUGCUUGGUAUUUAAAGAUGCUUUAAAGUAAAAUUGCCAGAGAUGUGCAGUUUUUUUUUCAUUGCCAACAGACACUGGUCUUUUGUUAUGGCUGAAUAACAAUGUUCUUGUAUAAACUCUCCCUAAAAUGGCCUCCCAUUUGAAUGGGCCACCUGCUUCUCUCUCAGAGAUGCGGAGUAGAUUGGAAAGCUGGAUUUGCACUGUACAAACACUGGGUUAUGGACGGCUGGGAGCUCUUCCCUGCACCUGCACAAGUUUUCAGCUACUCUGUGCCCCUAGUCUAAAAAGUAGGGAACAUUCUUUCACAUCAGGAGGGAGGCACAGUGUUUUCCUAUUGAAGCAGGAGUGAAUGGCUUGUGAAGGAUCUUUUGUUUGGGUUUAAAUUAUGCAUUGCCGUUCUUAAUAUUUAAAUGAACAUCAAAUUGAUAUUCUUGUUAAGAUUGCGUGGCUGAAAUCUUUCUGGUAUGAUUUGCUUUCAUUAGCUACCUUGAGGUCUUCAUUCAAUUAAAAAAUAACACUAAAACUUCGCUUACAACUAAUUUGUAAAAUUGUCACUUAUGUACUUGUGGUAACUGUUACAAAUGUUAUGAUCUAAAAGUAUGCAAAGGUUAACAUGAUUGGAUUACACCGUGUGCGAAAAGUAUUGUUGUAUUUACUAUAUAAUCGAACCUUCACUUUUCCAUUUUAUAUGGGUCACUAUUUGUUUUACUUUUGGGAGGAUACAGGAGUGUGCCCUGGGGUUUCAGACAGGGUAAGAGGGUGAUGCCGGGGGUUUAUGGAGGCCCCAUCCCUGCAUUCACAGCAUGCACCAGAUGCUUGUCCGGUUCAGCUGCAUUUUAAAGGUGCAUGUUUUGGUUGACUCCGCAUAGGAGGGGCCUGAAUGUCAACAACUGCAUCGUAACCUCCCAUUCAUACUGUCUGAAAUGUUUGAGUAUUAUCAUUUUAUGUGUAAAAAAUAAUAAACAAAAAAUAUUCUGGA